CCCUAGCUCUUCACCAGAAAUUUUCCCUCCAUGUUCCCUAGCUUGUGCCUAGCCUCUUUUCACCAAGAAUAAGGUAGUGUGACCCAAGAUGUGAGAAACAAGGGGGAAUGACAAGCUAGAAGGCCAACCAUUGUAUUUUGGAUGUAGAUUUUGAGUUGUAGAUUAUUCUUUGUAAGCUAAAUUUUAUUUUGAAAUGUUGAUCUAAGUUUAUGCGAAUUGUUAGCAAUGAAUUUAGCAAGUUUCAAGCCUUGUGCAUUUGUGGGAUCCUCUCUCACAAGUGUACGGCGUUUGUUUCGCUCUCGAUUUUGGGGCGUGACAAUUAUUUACUUGAAUAGAUGGUCUCCUUAUACUUGAAACAGUCCCUUCAAUUGAAGGUGAAGCAUAAUCCUUCAAUGUUCAAAUAGCUUGAUUUGUUACUAGAUCCUCUGCCAUAGUGUCAAUUUGCUUAACAACUAGUGCUGUCCUCUUAAUUGAUGAAAGUGCGCUCAAUCUCAGGAUCAAAAGGUGCAAGUUCUGUGUUUUCAAAACAAGUCAUGCACUAACUUGCAGCCCUACUAAACAAUUAAAAGGAACAUUUUCAA